CUGCCUGUGUGAAUUGUACAGGUGUUUAAAAAUGUUCCAUCUCCUUUAAUUGGCUGUAGCAGGUGCUACGCCUUGUCAGUUUGUCAAGCAGAGGCUGCUUGGUUAGGUUAAUGAUUGCCACGCUUCUCUAGGUCCUCAUCUGCUGCAUUCAUUGCAUCUCAGGCUGCCCUUAAUCAUGCUUCCAGUUGUGGUGUUCCUACUGGCCCAUUUAUUGUUUAGUACUGCCCAGAAGUCUGAGCCACUUAGUGAUCCCAAUGCCCAGUCUUUGUUUCGUGGUGCCGACCGGUAUGAUUUUGCUGUCCUGCUGGGCCCUGGAGGAACCGAAUGCUUCUGGCAUUUUGCUCAUCAGGAGGGCUACUUCUACUAUGGAUAUGAGGUUCAGUGGACAUCAGGGAUAAUGCAGAACAGACAUGUUACUGCCUCAGCUUUUACUCCAGAAGGCUUCCAGAUUGAGCAAUCACAGGACACUCGCGGUCAAAUUAACUUCAAGACAAAAGAGACUGGAUUUUAUCAGAUUUGUGUGAACAACUGGCAAAAUAGUUUUGGUCAAGCACAGGUCUACCUAAAUUUUGGGGUAUUUUAUGAUGGUGUUGGGCCAGAACAUGUAGAAGACCAAAAACAGAAGUUAAAUGACACCCUAGUGACUAUUGAGGAAAGUGCACAGAUUGUACAGAACCGCGUGCUUCAUAUGUGGCGAUAUUACAACUUUGCAAGGAUGAGGAAAGGGUCUGAUUACUACAUCCUCUUAUCAAAUUAUCACUACGUGAACUGGUGGUCUGCUAGCCAAAGUGUGCUAAUUGUGGCCUCAGGAGUCCUGCAGCUUUACUUCCUGAAACGUCUCUUUAACGUGAAAACAACAACAGACUCACAAAAACCCCGAUGUUAAGUGAACACAAACAGCAGUUGAAGAUUACUCUUUAUAGCCCAAUACGCAAAAAUGAACACGCAAACAAGAUUCUCAAAGAGGACAUCAUCUAGGCAGGCUAGCAAGGGAUGUUACUGUUGAUGCUGAUUGGGCACAUUUUGGUUGUUGCAUAGCAUCUGCCUACAAAAUCUAAACCUUCUAACCUAAAGCCAGAUUGAUACCUGUUUCUUGUCCAUUAAAUAGCCUUUGGGCCAUAUGGAAAUCAAGUGAUCAAAGAAUAGGAACAUUUGUUGCUAUAAACUGAACAAAAAGUUGAACAUCUCAUAUAUGAAAACAAGUUAUUAAAACAAGUUAACUGUCACAUUAAUGUACAAUGUACAGAUAACCAUGAAAUAAAAACAAAUGGAAUUUGUAUGCAUGUUUUAUUGACCCUUAGAUAACGUAUAUAAACUGACCCCAUAAGCCCUGUCACACAAAUAAAGGUAUUUUCUUUUUUUUAAUUAUAGAAGGCUUCUUAGAGAUGAUGGCAAAUUUCCUAAGUGCCAAAGCAUUAUCCCUUCCCUUUUAUUCUUUCUACUUCUUUUUCUGCUAUUCCUUUGUUUUUUUCCUCCUACAAUUUCCCGUGCUUAAAUAUAUUAACCUUUUUUUCUUCUUUUACUAUUUUUUUAAAUUUUAUCACACUAAUUUCCCCUUUUUCUUGAUCUUCCCAUUGUCCUUUUCUCUCAUUCAACUCUUGCACCCUAUGACUUCUCCCUUGCCCCAUUCCACUCUCUUCCAUUUUUUUUAAUGCUCUCUACUUCUCCCUUUCUUUUGCGUUUGCAUUCUUCCUGUCCACUUUUUUUUUUUUUUUUUUACAAGGAGCUUCUGUCUCCAUACAUGUUGUUGUAUCCAGAAAUACUAAUACAAAAAGAUUGCAAAUUGCUAUUAAUUGAUAGUACACUAGGGAGUUGUUGAAUAUCUUUGAUUGGUUUCAAGUUUACUGUCAGUUAACACCUCUUUAUUGCUUACAGCUAAAGUUACCCAGAGGAAUGCCUAUAUAGUUCUUUAAAAAAAAAAAA